CUCUGCGGAACUGGGCGUUGCGGUCCCGCCUCCAGCCACACCCAGGCCACGCCCCCGGGGGAGCUCCGCCCCUCGCCUGGCUCCGCUCUCCCGGGAGCUGCGGCUUUGAGCGUCCCGGGUUGGGCGGGGAACUGGUAGCAUCGCUCCUAGGAUGCGAGGGCCAUUUCUCUCCGGCCGGGGGUCAGAUCCUCGGGAAGCUGAGCCAUCCCAUCCAGCCGCUUGCCCCAAACCGGGCGCAGGCCGUGGUCACUUCUCUAGGAAGCUCCGAAGAUCCCGCCACUCCGUCCCUCAAAGGUGCGGAAAGCCGGCUUCCCCCAGCCCUCGGGGAAGAUUCCUGACUUUCCGCUUGGUCGGGGCAUCUGAGGGCAGGAGCUGCGCCAGGCGUAGCGGAUAGACCAGUGGACAACACCCACGCCGGACCUCCUGUCCCCUACCCGGACCUAGACUCGGCGCCACACAUUGCCCCGGGGGGGCCAGGCGCAGUCACGCGCGCGCACAGCUCACGCUCUCCGCCCCGCACACCUGCGCUCCGCCUCCUGGUCCUGGGCCCGAGACGGGCGAAGGCAUUUGGGAAGCCAGGGCGGCUGCGGAGGCGAUCUCCCUGACCCAGGGCCGAAGUUGCCCGGAGCCUGCCGCCGCUCUCAGUCAGCCCGCAUCCUUCUCUGUCCUUCCCUCCCCCCGCCUGCCACGGCGCGGGUAUCCGCAGCCACAGCCCGGGGCCGGUGAGGCGGCGAAGGGGGAGGGGAGGAAUCAAGGGAUGAGCGCCGGAAGGGCGUCGGGGGCCCCGAGCCGCACUAGGACGCCCCUGGAGCCGGAACCUGAGCAGAAGCCGGAACCAGAACCAAACCACCGGUACCGGCUGCAGCCCCCUAAACCCAGGAGGCGCCCUGGCCCGCGCUCGCCCCCCAGGGCCUCAUGUCGGAACCACAGCCUGACCUGGAACCGCCCCAACAUGGGCUGUAUAUGCUCUUCCUGCUUGUGCUGGUCUUCUUCCUCAUGGGCCUGGUAGGUUUCAUGAUCUGCCACGUGCUCAAGAAGAAGGGCUACCGCUGCCGCACGUCGAGGGGCUCCGAGCCUGACGAUGCCCAGCUUCAGCCCCCUGAGGACGAUGACAUGAAUGAGGACACAGUAGAGAGGAUUGUUCGCUGCAUCAUCCAAAAUGAAGCCAAUGCUGAGGCCUUGAAGGAGAUGCUGGGGGACAGUGAAGGAGAAGGGACAGUGCAGCUGUCCAGUGUGGAUGCCACCUCCAGCCUGCAGGAUGGAGCCCCCUCCCAUCAUCACACAGUGCACCUGGGCUCUGCAGCCCCUUGCAUCCAUUGCAGCCGCAGCAAGAGGCCUCCACUUGUCCGUCAGGGACGCUCCAAGGAAGGAAAAAGCCGCCCCCGGACAGGGGAGACCACUGUGUUCUCUGUGGGCAGGUUCCGGGUGACACACAUUGAGAAGCGCUAUGGACUGCAUGAACACCGUGAUGGCUCCCCCACGGACAGGAGCUGGGGCUCUGGUGGGGGACAGGACCCAGGGGGUGGUCAGGGGUCUGGGGGAGGGCAGCCCAAGGCAGGGAUGCCUGCCAUGGAGAGGCUGCCCCCUGAGAGGCCACAGCCCCAGGUCCUAGCCAGCCCCCCAGUACAGAAUGGAGGACUCAGGAACAGCAGCCUAGCCCCUUGUGCACUUGAAGGGAACCCCAGAGCUUCUGCAGAGCCAACACUGAGGGACAGAGGGAGGGGCCCAAGCCCAGGGCUGCCCACUCAAGAGGCAAAUGGGCAGCAAAGCAAACCGGACACUUCCGAUCACCAGGUAGGAAAACACAGCCAGGACUGUACUGGGCUGGGCUCUUAUUGCUCUCUACUCUUGGGGGGCACUGAUAUGACCUACUCCUGUUCUCUCGUUGACCCCUCCCCUUUCUCUCAGGUGUCUCUACCACGGGGAGCAGGGGGUAUGUGAGGUGAGUCUGCCUGAACCCUAAAUGAGGUAAUCUCAUCUUCCCAUCACCUACUUAAACUACUUAAGCCUUUCAGCUCCCUGAACCCCCAGAGUAUAAACUGCAGGCUUACUCUUUGCUAUAAAUCCCUUGGUUUGGUGGUGGAGGUAGGGAAGGUCCUGCAGCCCCAGGGGAAAAGCUGGAUACAGCCUGAACAGGAAGCAAUACUGUUACUCUUCCUCUUCUCCAAGUCUCCUUCUUCAUUGUGCUGAUGGACUACCAGCUGGCAGGGCCAGGGUGUGGGUGGGCGUGAAGGCCCUCCCCUCCACUGGACAGCACUGCCCCCCAGCUGAGGGACCAGCUCAACUUCCACCUGGAGUUACACGGUCUCAGGCUGGGGGCCUCAGGAGAGGUCAUGGCCCCUCAGUCUCUUCUCCUUCCCCUGCCUGCAACAGGCUGCCUGACCCGCCUUCCCCAACACCUCGCUCCAUAUGAUAGAGUGUGGCAGCUGGGAGCAGGCCCCUGCCCCUGGUGGGCCCCUAAAGCAAUAGCACCAUAGGCCCCCUGCCCUCUUAGCACAAGAGGCCCAGGCCCUGGCCUGGCCUUCGUGCCCUUUAUUCAUUGUCAAUAAAUCCGCUCAGACCAUUACA